AUGUCCAUGCAUAAACUUAUUGAAACAAAAGGUCUUAGAAUUCUUUGUAUUGCUGAAAUUCGUGGUAAUUUAAGUUUAUUAAAUGAUCUUGCUGAAAAUUUUAAUGCAGAUUUGAUUAUACAUACUGGAAGUUUUGGAUUUUUCGAUAAUGAAAGUAUAAGUAAAAUUCAUGAAAGUUAUCUAAGGCAUAUUAUAGCAUUUUGUCCAUUAUUAGAUUCAGAAAUUGUGGAUAAAGUUAGUGAAUUAUCUAAAAUUGAUAAUUCUAAUAGUAGUAGUAAUGGUAUAAAUGGUGAUUAUAAUGUUGAUCAAAAAGAUUUAGAUUUGAAAAAAUAUCUUGAAGGUGUUCAAUUAUCUGAAUUAAUGGAUUUUAUUAAUGGUUAUAAAUUUUUAAAAAUCCCAGUUUAUACAAUUUAUGGAAUGGUUGAAGAUUCUACCGUUAUUGAUAAAUUUAAAUUAGGUAUUUAUUCUAUACCAAAUUUAUUUAUAAUUGAUGAAAAUCAAACUUUUAAAGUAACAUCACCAAUUGAUGGUACAAAAAUUUUCUUAUGUGGAUUAGGUGGUUCAUUAUCAUAUCAAAAAUUAUUUCAUCAUGGUACUUUUAAUAAUGAAAUAAAUCAAAGUUAUGAAUCAAUUUCAAAUACUGGUGGUAUAAAUGAUGAAUUUUUACCAGUUUCUGGUGAUCCGGGGAAUAUUUGGAUCACAAUGGUUCAAAUUGGUCAAUUUAUUAAAACUGUGGAAGAAAAUUAUUCACCUCAAGAUGUUAGAAUUAUGAUUACACAUCCUUCACCAAGUCGUGAAGGUUUAUUAGGACAUUUAGCUGUUAUAACCAAGAUGGAUUAUACAAUAUCAAAUGGAUUACAUUUCUUAUAUCCUUCAAGUUUUAAUGAAUUAAGUAUAUGUCCAAAUUUUGAAUUUUAUAAAUCAAAAUUUAGUGAAGCAAGAACUCAAUUAAGUAAUAUAUGGACAAAUGUUUCCAAAACAGUGGAACAAAUCAUAUCAAAUAAUGAACAUUUAACAAAUUUAUUAUCAAUUGCAUUAUCAAAUUUUGAUAAAAUCCCUGUUGUAACAACAAAUAAAAAUGAAGAAAUUAUACCAAUUUCUUUAUCAAAUUUUAAAAGAGAUAUAAAUUCAAAUAUAAUUCGUUCACAAAAUGAUUCAUAUUAUAUUGCAUUUCAAAAUAUAUGGCAUUUUAAUCUUUGUGAUGUUUCAGUUGGUUCAAUACUUUUAGAUGUUCAAGAUGGGAAUUUCCAAUUUCAAGCAAAUUCCAAAGGUUUUAAUUUUAAAUAUAGAGAAAAUUUAACAAAUGAUCAACAAAAUUUAAAUUUAAAACAAUCAUCAAUACCUUCAUCAACAUCAAAUUCAAACUCAAAUUCAAAUUCAACAACAAAUAUUAGAAAUUCACCUGGAAAUUCAGGUUUUAAAAGAGGUGGUAAUAGAGGUGGAAGAGGUGGUUAUAAAAAAUAUUGA